GUUGUGUUAUCGACUCUGUGGGUCUCUCCGUCGCAUUGCACCCAUUGAUGGUUUGUUCCAGUUCAAUGCAAUGCAUGUCUCUCUCGAUCCCACCCCACCUCCGCACCGCACAGCACCGCACCCCUCAUGAAUAAAAGACCGACAGACACGUCUGUCGAGAUUAGGGGGAAGACUGACCACGGGAGAGCUGGAAAGGAAACUACCGAGGCAGGCAAGGCACACACGUCAUGCACACUGCACGGAACGGACACUGCUUGCCUUGCUUGGAGGAGCGUUAGUUAUGCCACAGACAGUGGAUGGAUGGAUGGAUGGAUCUCUGCCUGGCUGUCUGUCUGUCUGUGUGUGGUGGAAAAAGCCACCAGAUAAGAAGCGAAACUGAGACACCACAGAUGGAUGGAUGGAUAAGAGGGUGUGUCGUGUCGUGUCGGUUCCCUUGUGGGUGUGGUGUGGUGUCUAUCUAUGCUCUAUCUAUUGUAUUGUCUGUACUACAGGCGGGCUGCUCCAGGCGACCGACUGUGUCCUCUCUCCCCCCUCCGCUCCCCUCCCAUCCCCUCAGCUCAAGUGAGUGAGUGGAUGGUGUCCUUACUCUACAAGGAUGAGUAAAUCACUGCAGACAGAUAAAAUGGCGUGGAUGUUCAUCGCACCGCACCGCCCAGGUCAGGUCAGGUGGGUGGAGAAAGAUAGACAGGCAGGCACGCAUUGCAAGCAGAAGGAAACAAAGACCAGCCAUCCCAUCCAGCCAUCCAUCCAUCCACCAACAUGCAGACCAGACCCACCACGCACAUCACACACAUCCACGCGUCGACAUUCUCACUGCACUGAUCGAUUCCAUCAUCGAUGGGUGCACCCACCUACCUGUGUGCUCCUGACUGACUCCCACGUGAGUCUCUUUGUUUCCUCGUCUCGGAGGUCGCUCAAGGCUCACCCAUGGAAUCGCCAGGCUCACACAGACACGCAGAUGCAGACAGACGCCAGCAAAGACGUACGGGCACGGGAACAAACACCAUGCAUACACGCCACACAGGAACAGCAGACAUUGGUUUGGUCAUUCGUACGUUGCCCGAUGGAUGGAUGGAUGGAUGGAUGGGUGUCGUUGUCUCUCAGCAACAUGCCCAUGUUGACACAGUGCCAUGAUUCGACAGGCACCGGAUCGACAUGCACCGUGACCGACAGACAGGACACCCCUCCAUCCCUCCAUUCCAUUGAGGCGAAAACACCGUAAGUAAUCAAGCCGCAAAGCACAGCAUCAUUCAAACAGUCAGUCGCUCAUGGUAAGUAAAACGAACGGGAUCAGGUCAAGCAUACACGGUCGACACAGGGGCCUGCAACACAGACAGACAGACAGACAGACACAUAUUCCCAUACAUGAACCCAUACAUGCAUCCUCGCUGCUGUCCGUGUCGGUCCAUGCUCUGACCUGUUGGCUGUUGAUGUGGUUGUGCAGCAUGGCAGCGUGUGUGUGGGCGUAUUCGAUCUCGGGAAUAGCGCCCCUGUAAACAUCGGGGUAGGACGUGCAGUCAGCCAACCCACACAUGUUCACGCCUCUGCAGCCACACACACACACACACAGACACACAGAGAGAGAGAGAGAGAGAGAGAGGUACACAGACGUUGAUGCAUCCCGACCGACACGCACCUCUCGAUCCAGAAGUGGCCGGCCAUGCCGAAACUGGCGCCCCUGAAAGAGACACACCCGGCCCGCAGUUGCACCCAUGAGUUCGUGUCAUCCUCUCCCUCUCAGAUUGACUGACUGACUCACUGACUGACCAUGAGUUGCGCAUGAUCCAGUAGUCCUUGCCCUCGUGUGUGCCAUACCCGACCGCCACCACCGCAUGGUUCACCUUGUGGCGGUCCGUGGAGCAUUUGGGCGAGCUGACCAGACAGAGCCAGGCACAUACACCAGACACACACGACACACUCACUCUUGCUGCGUACACAAGGUGUGUCUGAUCUGGUCUGUGUUGGCUUACGAGUAGACGCCCUUCUUGUAAAACCUGAAGUCGCGCACCACCUCGUAGGCAAUCGAGACGGGACCCCUGAGCAUAUCCAAUACACACACACACACACACACACACAUCCAGACGCCUCUCAUCGCCGGCUGUUCUGUCCAUAAGUGUAUUCAUGUUCCGAGCCCACAUGGUUGCGACGGCUUCGAACAGCUCAUCUUCGUCGAAGGCGGUGAUAUUGAUGGGCCCGCCCGGCACCACACCGGCUACGUCAAUCUUUGACGCAUUGUACCUGCGCCCAUUGACACAAUGACACGGAUCCACGAACCAAUCACCACAGAAGGAUCCCCCACUGCCCACCUGCACGUGUGUUUGGGGUGCUUCUCAAUGCCCCCGUCCUGGUAGGGGUAGCUGUUCUCGGUGUCCUGACCGCCUUGCCAGUGGAUGUAGGAGAAGGCGUGGCUGGGCAGCCCGCCGUGGCAUCCAUGGUUGUCGAAACCGCGGGCACAGUCGAUGAGCUGCUGCUCCGACAGCGUUUUCGCCCACUUGAAGAAGCCGCCACACUCCUGGGUGCGGAUGCACGACACGUCCACCUCGCCACUCGCCAGCUCUUUCCUCAUGUUCUUCAGUGCCAUGUGUGCUUCCAUCGACCCCUGCGCACCGCACCGCACCGCACCGCACACAUGGAUGGAAGAUCCAUGCAUGUGUAUGUGUGGUGGCAGCUGGUCUGCCUACCUACCGUGGACGAGAAGGUCCAGCAACUGCCGCAGUGCCCCUGGUUCUUCACAGGUGACAACUGCACACACAGAAAGGGAAAAAGGGAGAGAGAGAGACGCCCAAUACAAUACACACAUUUCGCUCCCCUUCCUCCCUCCCUGUGCGCAUUGGUUGAAUGCUUGCCUUGCCCCACUCACUCACUCACCACGCCAUACAUGCGCCAGUCGAACCAAGGGGCAAACUCGUAGCUCAGCGACCGCCCAUACCGCUUCCUGCUGUGCGGCGGUGCCGACGUCCGCAGGAGACCCUUGUUACUGCGGAGGGACGCCUCCUGAGUUGCAGAACAGUCCUGAAUGAAUGACAAAUCACACAGACACACACACAGACACAGACACACACACACAAAAGGGCGAGUGAGUUGGGGGUUGUGGUGUGGUGAGGUGUGGUGCGUGUGGCGGCCAUGCAUGGCAUGGCAUGGCAUAUAUGGUAUGCAUGUGGGAGCAAUGGAUGCCUCAUCAGCCCAUCCAUGAGGACUGAGAGGCUCAUGUACUUCCUGGGUGGGUGGCUAUCGCACAGACUCAACAUUCAUUGGCACUUGAGUCACCGAUGUGACACAUAACAGACAACACCGGCCGGCUUAUUGUGCGGUGCGGUAUGACUGACUUACGAACGUAUGCACUGCACUGCACGCCCCACUCACCUACCUGUUCCGCCAUCAGCACGCGGCCCUGGAACUCUUCCCACGUCAGAUCCGCAUACUCGUUGAGACCAGCCUCCCACCUGACACAGCCACACACACACACACACACAUGGCCAUCCCAUCCACCAAGGCCGUCUCCGUGGGAGUGUGCGUGCAUGCAAGCAUACGUCUGUCCAGGCCCGCUGUUGAUCUCUUCGACGGCGCGCACAUUGUCACGGAAGAUCUCCAGGCGACGUGAGAGCUCCUCGGGAUCAUUGGCGUAGCUCUUCCCAUACUCGCUGACGAAGCUUUGGAAUGCCGCCUCCUGAAUCAGCACCAACACAGCAGACAGUGAACUCCCCGGCAUCUCUCGUGGCACCUACUGCAUGGCUUGCCCCUCACCACUUGCUCCGAGGUCAAGCGCUCGGGUGCAGCGGCAGCACCGGCAAAGAGCGCCGUAAAGAGGAGAGGCAGGCACUGCACAGCUGAGAUCUUCAUUGACAGAGAGGAAAGAAGGCAGACCAGCAGCAGCGGUUGGGGAGG